CACGAAAACGCGGCCGCUCAGCUGUGGCGGCCGGAGGAACGGCCGCUUGGCUGGAGCCCGGAACCGGACCUUCCGCCCGAGACCAGUGCUGCCCUCCGGCCCCAGUGUUGACGUCUACCUCGAUUGUGCUCCGGGGUGGCGAGAGGGACGCCUUCAUUCCUGGCUCCCUCAAAACACGAAGCCCUCCCGUUUCCGGCGAGUCGGCCCGAAAAUCCAAGCAGUGAUCUGGAAAAUCAGUAAGAAGUGCAGACAUGAGUUUCAUCUCCCCAUGACGCUGUAAGGAGUUCCAGUGCGAGAGGCCUUUAGGCAGUAGCUUGGCCAGAAUCAUGCUCAGUAACAUGGUGGGACAGAACACAAGGCAGCGCUGGCAGAAAGUUUUGUACAAGAGGCAGCCAUUUCCUGAUAAUUACGUGGACCAAAGCUUCUUGGAGAAGCUGCGCAAAAAUGUCCAUGCACGCAAGUACCAGUACCGGGCAGUGGUGUUUGAAUCUGGAGUGGUAAUACAGCAGCUGUGCAGCGUCUGUGUCUUUGUUGUCAUCUGGUGGUACAUGGAUGUGGGGCUGCUGGCUCCCCAGUGGUUAUUUGGAGCCGGACUGAUCUCUUCCCUAAUUGGUUAUGUCCUCUUUGAUGCCAUAGACUCAGGAAUAGGGAGAAAUAAGAGUGGCCGGACACGAUGGGCUGAUCUGAAAAAUUCUGUGGUGUUUGUGGCUUUCACCUAUGGCUUCUCCCCUAUAUUAAAAACAUUAACCGAGUCCAUCAGCACAGAUACUAUUUAUGCUAUGUCUUCCCUCAUGCUCAUUGGACACUUGAUCUUCUAUGACUAUGGGGCCAAUGCUGCCAUUGUGUCCAGUACACUGUCUCUCAACAUGGCCAUCUUUGCCUCAGUCUGCUUAGCCUCACGGUUGCCUCGCUCCUUACAUGCCUUUGUUAUGGUGACGUUUGCUAUCCAGAUAUUUGCCCUAUGGCCUAUGCUACAAAAGAAGCUCAAAGCCCAGACUCCCCACUGCUAUGUGGCAGUUACCUUGCUUUUUGCUAUGUCUGCCUUGGUGGGCUUGCUGACCAUCUCCAGUGUUGGCACUGUUCUCUUUGCCCUCCUUCUGUUGUCCAUCUCAUGCCUGUGUCCUUACUGCCUCAUCAGGCUGCAGCUCUUCAAAGACAACAUCCAUGGACCUUGGGAUGAAGCUGAAAUCAAGGAAGAUCUGUCCAAGUUCCUCAUGUAGACCAGGGAUUAAAAUAUUACAUGUUUUAAUGAACUUCCUGUUCAGGUUCAGCUACAACUGAAGCUGUUCCAGUUCAGUUCCCAUUCCAGCCAAAAAUGGUUUAGUAGCUGGUUCAGCACUCAAAAUUAACCUGUUCAUGGGAGAAAAUGUAAAUGUAAUGCACAUUAAUGUGCACAGUGGGGUAAAGCAAGCUAAUAGGUCUAAAAUUGUUGCAACUAAGUGUCAGCCAUAAGUACUAAGAAGCAUGCAUAAAACAAAAAUAAAUUCUGAGUACUUAAAUGCUUAUAUCAAAUUGUAUUCAUAAAUUGAUAACGGCCUAUCAUAUUUCCAAUAUGCUUGACUUGCAUUGUUGUUUUGUAAUCAGUAUUAUAACUUUCUGAAAUUUCUAACAAAAUGCCCUCCAAGUUUCAUCCUUUAUGUUGUACCUUUGCGGUGGGCAAUAUGCAUUUUAACACCCACCCACCCACACCCACCCAAAAUGCCUGUUAAACACUUACUUGUAUUGAUGGCACUGGUAAGGCAACUUAAGCCAAUUGGUACAGCUCACAUCUAGGUAUUUUCUGGGUCUCCCGGUUUUUCAAAAUAAUUUACAUCUUUUCAAUCCCUGCCAUUGCUUCUCAGCCCGAGCCCUUGCAAAGGGCAUAGUUACAGAAACGUGUACUCAAAAUAUAUAAGUCCUCCCAGAUAUUGGUUUUAUAUUACAUGUUUAUUCUCAUUGUUUUUCUGGUUCGUCCUUUCUUACUGAUCAUUUAAGACAUUCUAAAUAAAGUAUUUCCAGUUUGCAAGUCA